GUGGACAACGGCCAGACAGGAUUCAACAACUCAAGUGAGACAGGUCUUCUUAGACCGUCUCCCUUGUUCAUCCACAUCUUUUAAAACAAUCUUUACCUCCUGGAGACAAAUCCUAGCUACAAUGUCCCGAAGCAGCUUUGCCUUCACCUCCACGGCCUUGCGUUCCCUUGAGCUUGACAGGGACAUGCUGGAAAGAGACAAGUACAGGAGGCAGCUCGCCUCCCAUCACUUUAGCAGCUAUAUGCUAAAGAAAGAGACCAAGGUGGACCAGUCCAGAUCCUGCAAAAAUCGCCCACCGGCUACCUGUCAAGACGUGGUUGUCCAAAAUGCUUUGUAUACAGGAGACCUGGAGGCACUGAAGCAACUGUUUCCAAGAGGAUCCACAGCAAACAUCGUUAUAGAGCCGCGGGGAGAAGAGAUGCGCUGGGUCGCACGGGGAGAAGGACUGUGGUCUCUGACUUACGAGCAGGAGCUGACGACGCCGCUUCACAUAACUGCCGGGCGAGGAUUCGCAGACUGCCUGCAACUUUUACUUCAGCGCGGGGCAAACGUUGACCUGGCACCAGGGGGCACCACUGCGCUGCACGAGUCCUGUGAAAACGGCCAGCCGGAGUGCACCAAGUUGCUGCUGACCUAUGGUGCAAACGCAAAUGCCACCUCAGAAGAAGGCCUCAUGCCUUUGCAUGUUUGCUCAAGCCACGAAUCCCUCGAAUGUGCCAAGCAUCUCCUUCAGUAUGGAGCUGCAAUCAACGGUUGCAGCCUGGAUGAAGACGACUCUCCGUUACACGUAGCAGCCAGAAAUGGCCUGCAAGACCACGUUGAGCUAUACCUGCGCCACGGGGCCGCUGUGAACAAACAGAACUACGAGGGUCUCACACCCCUGAAUGCAGCGUGCGCCCAGCCGCAGGAGUUGCAGGACCUCGACUGUUACUUCAAGCUGUGCCAGACACUGCUGGGGGCAGGAGCUGAUGUCCACACCGUGGAUCAGGACAAACGCAGUCCUUUGCACAUGGCCUGCAAGAAUGCAAAUCCAGAUGUUGCAGAUCUGCUGCUGGCCAACGGAGCCUGGCCUAACAACAUGGACUAUGGCGGCGAAGCCCCCAUGCACAACAUCUUAAAGGUAGUGUGCUACAAGGCUGCACAUCACCCAGAAAGGAUCGUCCGUGCUCUGCUCAAUCAUGGCUCAAUCAGAGUGUGGCCCGGUGCACUCCCCACGGUUUUGAAGCACUGCUCAGAGUCUCCAGCCACCAUCGAGGUCCUCCUGAACGCCUACAGUCACCUCAAAGUCACAGACACCUGGGUGGAGUCUGUGCCUGCAGAGGCAUUAAAGAACAACAGAGAGUUCUUCGAGUCCAUCUUCUCCUUGGCGAUGACUCCUAGUUCGCUGCAGCACUUGGCCCGUUGCAGACUCAGGAUCCUCCUGGAGGGUCGAGUACACAAGGUGGUCCCAAAACUGAGUCUGCCCACCUUUAUAAAAGACUACCUGCUCCUGGAGUGCAGAGGAUAUGUACACUAAGAGCUGUUUGAGUUCGAUCUGAGGGAAACUUACUCAGAAUAUAAGGAACUAUUGCUUUUUCAAAGGCAAAAAGGCACAUGCCGCUUGUUUUUCUGCCUCUUUUAAUCCAAAUCAACGUUUCAGUUUGUGAGUUUUGCACCACCAGGGGGAGCCGUAGCAUGGGAAUGAGAGCUAAACGGGGAUAAUGCCAAUUUCUGGUUAAUAAUUUGUUUUAUCUUUGUUCAUUUUUCUGACUAGAUGUCAAUGAAAUGACGUGCUUGUAAUUUUAUGCACGAGUUUUCGUCAGUUUGUCAGAGUUACGCAAUUUACAUUGGUAAAAUAUAUUUUCUCAGAAAAUAUUUAUACAAUUUUUUGUGUAUUUAAAAUGAACAUCACAAAUAAUAAUUUCACUAUUUAAAAUUAUUGUUUUAACUGAUUUUAUAUUUAUUUAAGAUUUAUUUUAUUUUUAUUUAUGAAUAAAUUGCAGGGAGAAGGUGGUUUUUGAGUUUUGCCAAAUAAAGUAACAUUUGAAUUUAUUAAAUGAUGAACAA